CUGUCCCCACCGGUAGCCGGGUCUCUGUCCCCACGGGAGGCCGGGUCCCGUCCCUACGGGCGGCGUGUCCUCAACCCGAGAGGCUGUGGGUGAUGGACUAUGUUUUUCGGUCAGGGAGGGGCGCUUUGGCUGAUGUGAAGUGCGAUCAAGGCGCGCCGCCAUUUCCCCCUCAGCGGGGCGGUGCGCCUUUGGCUUGUCUGGUAGCGCUGUGCCGCUGCCUCUGGCUCUUCUGGGGCUGUGUUCACCGCCCCAGUGAGGGACCCCGGCACGGGGCUGACCAAUCCAGCCAUGGGUAGUGUGAAUAACUCAGAAGGUCCCUGGCUCCAAAGAUUUGCAAAUGGGAAACCUGUGAGAAAACCCAAGCGGCAAAAGCCUUGGAGGGCAGCACCUGAUCAAAGCCGAGACAUCAUUGCUUCUGCUGAGUGCAUCUUGGACAGAGAGAAUUUUGUGAGGGAGGUGGACAGAUAUUUGAAGCACAGUGAUUUCCUAGAUCUGAGAAAGACAGAGCUUCUCUACAAAAAAUAUCUUGACAAUGUUUCAGAGCCAGUUAUGCAGAAGAUUAAGGACCAAAUGGACAGCCAGUCAGAGAAAGAAGUGUGGAAAAGGAGACGAGAACAAUUCUCUCAAUAUUUAAACUACUGUACAAAGAAGGGCUAUGUGUUUUUGGAUGAUUAUGACCCAUCAGAGUAUGAUCCAUUCUUCCAGAAGACGGGCACAGACGGCUGGAAGGCGUCAGCAGGAUGGAAUUCAUCAACGAGCACAAUGACAGAGAGAGGCAAUGAUGUCACCUGUACUCCAGCUGACCACAGCAGCAAGUACAGCCAUCAAAGCUCCUUUUGAAGCAGUCUGACUGCAUUCAGCUGUUCUGAAUGCAAGCAUCCACAGGGAAUAAUCAGCAAGGACACAAUAUUGACUGUAAACCAGCAAACUUCCUGGGGAAAGAAUGGCAGAAUAAUGAAAAGGAAAACGUAAGACUGCAGGACAGCAGAAAGGACAUCACAGGGACUCACUUUGAUCCAGCAGUUCUAGAGGAACAAUACUUCAUGAAGGUUCACAGGAGUUGUGAAAAGCAGAAUGACCCACAGCAGGAAGGGCUGUGUCUCCCUUGUCACCCUGACACUCCUGGCACACAAGGAUGACACUAUUCACUGCCAAGGUACAGAUCUGCUCAUUGGAAGGCGAGUUAGUAAUAAAUUUGAGGGAAAAAAACAAGAAACACUAAACAUUAGGCUGGACUUGAUGUGACAGUGGCCUAAUGGGAACCUCACAGGCUCCUGAGCUUCCAGCUACACCAGCAUCAAGGUGGAAAGAGCAACUGUCAGCAGAAGAGAGACUCUUGCCAAGUGAAAUUUUAGGACACCGUAACAAGGAAACCCUUUGAACAACACAAAGAAGUAAAACAGCAGCAAAGACAAAGCUAGACUGAAAAUCAGGACUUUUCAGUUCGGUUUUGCACCCUAAGGAGGAUCACAGAUCUUAAACUUUCUGACAAGGUUUGAAGAAACAUCACUUUUUAAGAAGAAAUGAGGGAUUGCAACUCUUUUGAUCACACAGAAUACUCCUUCUGGCCUUAGUUAUCCCCAAGGCUACAACCAGGCCAAAAUUAGAUGAGAAAAAGAAGUGAAGUUACAGAUAAAAGUGAUUCCUGCAAAGUUUGAUGUCUUGGUCCGUUGAGACAGUCUGUGGCCAAUGUGCUACUUCUGGAUUCUUGUGUCACUCUUCAGUCUGUACAGGACUGAGGUUAAGCCCACCUGCUUACUAAGACAUGAAAUUUCAGGACAAUCCAAGGGCUUGCACAGUAACCAGGCAUUAAUUGUCCAGAUUUGGAAGUCUCAGCUUUGGCCAGUGGCUCCCUUUCCUACUGCAAGGUGCACUCCUGUGACAGAAUGGGAUGGACUGAAGCUCCUGUUGGCUUGUCCCAGCUGCUGGAACAACCCACAUGCUGGGAUUUGGGUCUGUCUCAUGCUGACCACUGAAAGCUGGGGCCAAGCCUGGGAGAGAAAAGGGCUUUUUUAUGCAUUAAAAGACAUUUGGUUUAUAAAUUUGUUAUCAGAUGCAAAAAUUCAGUUACAUUAACUGGCUUCUGUGCUAAUCUUGUGUUUGGACUGCCAGCUUCUGGGAUGAAGGGAUGAAUGCUACUUUGUAUUUAGUAUUUUAUAUAAUUUCAUUCUUGUAAUUUUAUUUAAACACUAGUGUUUAAUAGUGAAAAUACUCCUAAUUUUGAUAGGUCUGAUGAUACUGGCAUAAAAACACAUUAUGCAAUUGCUACAUUUGAUUUUAGAGGGUGAAUUUGGGCAUUUGAGUCUGAAGAGAAAAACAAAAAAUAGAAAGGAGAACAAACCAGCCUAACAAGUGCAUUUGCCAAUGUUUUCCCUAAGUGGCCACAGCAACCCAUGGGCUCACUGAUGCUGAAGGGGUGCAGCUACAUCUCUACCCCUUCUCCUCCCCCACUGCUGUUUCCUCCUUUCCUUGCAUCAGUUCUGGCACUUAUCUGACUCCCUGCUCACAUGCUGGCAGCAAACAAAUCCCAAGGGGGGAAAAGAAAACAGUUUUCUGCUGGUUUAACAGCCAGGAAUGUGCAUGGAAGCAGUAAAACUGCCUUGUUUCGCAGCAGAAAGCUCUUGGCUUGGCUUCCCUCUGGUGAAGUUUCAUCCCAAGCUCCCCAGGCAGCUCAGGAAGAGCAGUGGGAUUUCUGGGAGUGUCUGCAGCAUGGAAUUGCAGUUCCUCAUCUGCUCUGCUGACCAAGAGGGAUGCCUGCUCUCUGGAGGGGAAGCCAGCCUGCCUCUCCCACCAAGAGCAGGCAGUGCCAGGCUUUCAGUCAGCCUGGGGCACAGCCUGCCCAGCUCCCUCUCCAGAACACUCCCCAGAGCGAGCAGGGCGUGUCUGGAACCUUGGAAACUCAGGGCACAGCAACAGAGAGAAGCCCACACUGACUGUGGUGCCCUCUGGGCUAAAUCCUCCUUUCUGAGCUGAGGAAGCAGCUGCCAGGGUAAAACAACCUGGAGAGUUUAUAAACAGGAAAUCCCAGUCUCUGAGGUAGUAUUUAAAAUUAUACUUUCCAAAUAUACCUGAACAAGGAGCAUUUUUUCCUACUAACAUAAGCCCUGUAUGAAAAACUACUGAGUUUCACAGAUUCAAAGCCCUGAAAAACACAGGGGGCUGGGGGAGAAAACUUCCCCAAUUACUGACUUUUUGGGUAUAAGCCCAUUCAAGGGGAAGAGAGGGAGUUUCUGAAGAAAGGAAGUCCUCCAGUGAAAGACAGAUGAGUAACAUCUAACACUAUUUUCCCAACAGACUUCCCCACUCAAUGGACAGGGGGAAAAAAGCCAUUAAAAGUGACAUCUCAAGCCUCCAAGAGGAGCUCAGGCACUCACCUGGAAGGAUGUAGCUACACCAGAGGCACUAACUGCCUUGGGUGGCCAACGAAGACUAUUUAGAGAUAGAGGUUUAGAUUUGAUAUUAGGAAAAAUUUCUUCAUGGAAGGGGUUAUAAAGCUGCCCAGGGAAGUGGUGGAGCCACCAUCCCUGGAAGUAUUAAAAACCAUACUGAUAUGGCACUUUAGGAUGUGGUUUAUUGGUGCUGCAUUAAUGAUUGGAUUUGAUGAUUUUAAAGGUCUUUUUCAGCCUUAAUGAUUCUAUGAUUCUAUAUAAAUUGCUUUUUUAAAGAAAAUAUCUUGGUUUGUUUAGGGUUGGAUUAUUUUUGGAAGGGGCUGUUUAUUUGUUUUGAUUGUUUGUUUGACUCUGAAGCCAGUUGUCAUGGCUGGGAAAACCAGGUAAAGGUUGAGGGUCUUUUUCCUGCCUCCAUUUUCCCAGCCUGCCAUAGAAAGGCCACGAGUCCCCUUAAGGACCAUGGGCUGGCAUUGGCACAGUCCCUUCAGUACAGCCAGAGAGCAGCUGAUGGCAUCAGGGGACACCAGCACAGCCAGCUGCAAGCUCUGCAGCCACACACAAAGCCAACACACUCCUGUCACUCCUGGAGCCACCAGCAGCCUCUGAAACCCACAACAGGAACAAAUACAAGAAAUCUGCUACUGUGGGAAAGGCAGUUUCCAUCAGGCCCUGGGAGAAAUAAUAAAAACUUUUAUCCAAUCUCCCCUAAUCAGUAAACACAGGAUACUGUGCUGCAACAGAGGAAAUUUAUGAAUCAAUUUUC